UAAUGUACACAUCCGGCAUGUGAAUGUCUAAUGUGGAAACUUUAGUUUUGCUAAAAGUACAGGAUUCCAGUAGAUUGCAACAAGGUCAGGGCUCACAGAACACUGACAGUAAUCCACACAGUAGUAUGGAGACAGUGCCAUCUGAUUUUAUUGACGGCAAUUUCAGUGAAGAAGAAGAGGCCGAUGAAGUGCAGCCCUGGGGACGCCUUAUGCCACUCGGACCUGGGUUUAUUACAGUCGCAUUGAAGAAUGAUGAAUAUUCCUUUGGCCGAGGAGAGAAUUGUGAUGUCUCUUUCGGUGUUCAUAUGGCUAAGAGCAAGCAGUGCUUUCAGGCAUAUAGCAAGGUUCACUUUAAGUUGACUAAGCAACAAACCAGUGCUGGGGUUUUUGUUUUCCUAGAAGACACAAGUAGCAAUGGAACAUUUGUCAAUGGUGAAAAAGUUGGGAAGGGAAACAAGCAAGUUUUGACUAAUAAUGAUGAGAUUGCACUGGCUUUGAAGAACAACAAAGCAUACAUGUAUCUAGAUCUAAGCCAGGAUGAGGAUAAGUCAUUACCACCGGUGAUCAGAGAAAAAUACACUCUGGGAAGGACUCUUGGAAAAGGGGCAUGUGGUGAAGUCAAGAUAGCGUUCUCCAAAGGAGACUGCCAAAGAUUUGCUGUCAAAGUUAUAUCAAAGAAGAAGUUUACAAUAGGUGGUAAUAAUCAAAUUAAUUUAGGUCAACAAGUCAUGAAUGAGGUUAAAUUACUGAAGGCAUUAAAGCAUCCCUGUAUAAUAAAGAUAGAAGAUGUGGUGGACACACCAGAUGUACUGUACAUAAUUCUAGAAUUAGUUGAUGGAGGUGAACUGUUUGAUAAGGUGGUCAGUAUCGGGCAGUAUGAUGAACCAACAGCUAAACUCAUCUUCUACCAGAUGGUGUGUGCUGUCAAGUAUCUUCAUGAUGAAGGAAUUACCCACAGAGAUUUAAAGCCAGAGAACAUUCUAUUGGCAAAUGAAGAGAAUGAAACAUUAAUCAAAGUGACAGAUUUUGGUUUGUCCAAGUUUGUGGAUGCCGGUACAAUGAUGAAAACUUUCUGCGGAACUCCAUCUUAUUUGGCCCCUGAGAUUCUGCUGACUGCUGGGAUGGGGGCGUACACAAAGGCCAUCGACUGCUGGAGUCUGGGGGUCAUAUUAUACAUCUGUUUAGCGGGUUAUCCCCCCUUCUCAGAUGAACGUGAGGACAUGAGUCUAGAUAAGCAGAUAAAGGGAGGUCACUACUCAUUCCCACAGGAAUUCUGGAGUGGAAUAUCAGACUCAGCCAUUGAUGUCAUUAAGAAGCUGUUGACAGUGGAGCCAAAAAAGCGAGCCACGUUAGACGAGGUCAUUAACCAUCCCUGGUUCAAGGAUGAAGCUAUGAAGAAGAAGGCCAACUUAUUAAUGUACCCAGAUUCAGGGGGCAUGGCACCGCCUUUGACCAGGCCUGGGAAGAAGCGAUCACUGGAACAAAAUGACGAAUCGCCAGCUGCCAAGAGGCAGACGUCUGUAGAUACCAACUCCACCUCCUCCCCACCCAACACACCAUGACUGGG